GCUUCGAAUUCUAAGUCUAACCGUGACGUUGUCCAGUGUUCAGUGUUUCACAGUUCGUAACAAUGGCGACAAAGCGCAAAGCCUCUGAAUUCUUAGUGGAAGGCGAACAAGAUCCCAGGUCAUUUUCGAGGAUACGUGCACAGUCUCCAAUUGUAUCCGAACAGAAUACACCCUCGAACUCUCCUCAUCGUUUUCUCGCAUAUUCUGCUCCUUCGCAGAAACCUAUUCAUCCGCCAACUUUUCAGCAACCAACUCAGUUGUUAACAUUCUCAUAUACACCCGAGCGACAGUUGGAGUUUACUGAUUCUGCAAUGCGUUACUUCGUGGAACCUCCGCGUGGUGCGAACUUGGGGAACAGAUACGAGAACUGGGUGCGUCGUCCUGAUGAACGCGGGCGGGUGGAUGGACUCCUGCGUGCAUGGUCAAAGGCAAAGGCAAAAAUAGCCAAUAGCGGUGAUGGCACCAAAGGGCAACCAUCGGAUAUCGGGGUGAUCGCCUGGAGAGGUGUAAUGACCAAGAUACUGACGGCGGCUUAUGAGGAGAGGGAUGGCUGGGAGUUGAAUGUUAUGUGUAUGAACGGAACGAUGUACUUUGAAGAACAUCUUUCAGACGCCAAAUUGAAGGAGAAAAACGCGAUGGAACCUCGACAUCGACGCCAAACUUACUAUGGAUACGCAUUCGAGUCUUACUGCACGUCUUCCACACCACACAAACAAGAGGAUUGUUCUGCAGACACGCAAGGAUGGAGUGGAGACGUUAAUACUAAUGUGCAAUGGUGUAGCGUAGUCAAAACCAAGCUCGGCGACACGCGCAUUAUCAUAGGAGGUGAGGUUGAUUGUGUACGCGAAAAAUAUACAGGAAGACCCGAUACUUUCGUAGAACUAAAAACCUCGCUAUCGAUACGAGGGCCUCAUGACGAAGCUAAGUUUGAGAAAAAACUGUUGAAGUUCUACUUUCAAUCAUUUCUUCUAGGUGUACCAGAAAUUAUAGUCGGCUUUCGAACGCCUUCGGGAUACAUAACUACGACUCAGACGUUCAAGACACUAGAACUUCCUCGUCUAGUCCGAGGUAAACCUGGUGCAUGGGAUCCUGUUGCCUGCCUAGACUGGGGGCGACGGUUCCUUUCGUUUCUCAAGGACACUAUGGCGUCAAGCGCGGCAAGGGAUGUUUGGCGCGUCAAAUUCACUCCUAGGGAAGGAGUCAGCGUUGCGUUGCUGGACGAAGCGGGGGUGGCGGACGUAGAGGGAGGCGAGGCAAGGGUUGGAUUUUUGCCGAGAUGGUACUGGGAUAAGGAGAUAGGUUCUGAAGAUGCUAUUGACGAUGAGGAUGGCCGGGGUACCAUCAGGGCUCGAACGACUGUGGUUCGGAUGGGAGGUCAGAUGAUAAUAGCGUCUGUUCUGGUCAGGAUGGGGAAUGGUCUUACUCGGGCUAGGGCGUGCCAUUGUUCCUUCAAUGGCGAGUACGUGCUUGCUUCCGCCGCGAAGUCCGGUUAUCUGGUCAUCAUUUGAUACAGGCUGAAAUUGGUAUCAGACUUUAUUACAUUUUCUGCAGACAGAAUGAAUCUCAGUGGCGCUGGCUAGUCGAGGUGGGGAGCAUUUGGGCGCGUUAUGCAUGGGACCAGUCCUUCCCAAGGCGUGUUUUAUUGGCGUCUUCGGUUUUCCAGGAGCGAUUUAAUUUUACGAGAAAGUUGCUGUAUUUUUCGGGGUAAUAUUACGUUUUG